UUACUGUGGACUUGGGCCAAGCCAAACACCAUCUUCGUCACAAUUUUGAUCCAAUACGGCGCGUCGUUCGAUCUCUAACAUCAUCAGAUACCGUUACUUCUUGCUCCGGUUGUUAAACCCUGCCGGUAAAAUUGCCGCCCUCACUUCCGCGAAAAAAACCCCUGCCGCCACCGCGCAAAAUGCGGAACCUCCUUUCCUCCGCCGCCGUAUCCAUCCACAGCCGACGCCGUCUCGUCAUCCCCACCGCUCAAUUCAUCCUUCUCGUUUUCCAUCGCAGCUACAAGGCGCCGAGGCAGCCGGCUCCUCCGGCGCCGCCGAAACCCCCGAAACCGCCGCAGAAGCCCCAAACCUUUACCUUCCACGACGCCACCUGGGAUGACCCGUAUAGCUGGAUGUCGAAGCUGAGCGACGCCGUGGCGCGGCGGCACAUGGACGUGCUGAUGGAGCAAGAGGAGAAGUACACGGAGGCCGUCAUGUCCGGCACCGAGAAGCUUCAGAGCAAGCUCCAGACUGAAAUGGCUUCCCGGAUGCAAUUCGACCUCUCUACCCCUCCCGUUCGUUGGGGUCCCUGGUUGUAUUACCGGAGAGUGGAAGAAGGGAAGCAAUACUCGGUGCUGUGUCGGAGACUGGCGAGCUUGAAUGAGGAAUUCAUUUCGAAUAAGUCUCCGUUUUCGGGGUUUGAUUUCACUUCUGGGAAGAGGAUUGAGCAGAAGCUUGUUGAUUACAAUCAGGAAGCUGAGAGGUUUGGAGGUUAUGCUUACGAAGAGCUAUCGGAGGUCUCUCCAGACCAUAAGUUUCUUGCAUACACAAUGUAUGACAAGGAUAAUGACUACUUCAAGUUAUGUGUGAGGAAUCUGAACUCUGGUGCCUUGUGUAGCAAGCCUCAGGCCGAUCGAGUUUGUAACUUGGCAUGGGCUAAAGGCGGGCGGGUGUUGCUUUAUGUUGUUACUGAUCAACACAAGAAGCCUUGCAGGUUAUACUAUAGCAUGAUUGGAUCAACCGAUGAAGAUGUUUUGCUUCUCGAUGAACCACAAGAGAAUGUUCAUAUGACCAUCAGGCACACCAAGGAUUUCCGGUUUGUGUCUGUGAAUGUCUUCUCCAUGACGUCUUCAAAGGUCUUUCUGAUUAAUGCAGCCGAUCCCCUGUCUGGCAUGACUUUAGUUUGGGAGUGCGGUGCUCCAGUUCAUUGCAUAGUUGAACAUCACCGAGGUUACCUCUAUUUAUUUACUGAUGCUGCCAAAGAAGGCCGAUUGGUUGAUCAUUAUUAUCUUCUCCAAAGUCCUGUUGAUGCUUCUUCUGGUCCUAGAGUGUGGGAGAAUGUGUUCCAUGACGAUCAAGAUUUGAUAAUUGAGGAUGUUGAUUUCUGUGAUACACACAUGGUGCUCAUUGUAAGGGAAGGUUGGAACUAUAAACUCUGUUCACUCCCUUUACCCUUGUCUUCUAGGAAGAGUGGAGCAGUAUAUCUGAAGGAGCUUAAUCCCGCAUUUCUUCCUCUUCCGAGAUAUGUUUCUCAAAUUUCGCCAGGAACUAACUAUGACUUCUAUUCAUCAUCCAUGCGCUUCACAAUAUCAUCACCUGUGAUGCCCGAUGCUGUAGUUGAUUAUGACCUAUCAAAUGGCAAGUGGAAUAUUGUCCAACAACAGAACAUGCUUCACGAAAGAACAAGAAUUCUAUAUGGGACUUCCUCUUCUGCUAGUAGCACUGGAAUAUUUUCUGACAGUCUGAAUUCUUGUUCAUCUCAUGAAGUCAAAUCUGAAGAUGAUAUAUGGAAUGACCUUUCUGAAUUUUAUGCCUGUGAACGCCAUUUUGUCUCUUCACACAAUGAAGUUAUGGUUCCUUUAACAGUUGUCUAUUCUCGCAUGAUUGAAAACACAAAACGAAACCCUGGAUUGCUUCAUGGACAUGGAGCCUAUGGCGAGUUGCUUGACAAAAGGUGGCGCAGUGAGCUUAAAAGCCUUCUUGACCGUGGUUGGGUCCUUGCAUAUGCUGAUGUCAGAGGAGGAGGUGGUCAGGGUAAGGCAUGGCAUCAUGCCGGUAGAAGCACAAAGAAGCUCAACUCUGUAAAAGAUUAUGUCUCAUGUGCCAAGUUCUUGAUUGAGAAAGAGAUUGUAGGAGAAGACAAGCUUGCUGGUUGGGGUUCUAGUGCCGGGGGACUCUUGGUUGCUGCUGCCAUAAACCAUCAACCUGAUUUAUUUCGUGCUGCAGUUUUGAAGGUCCCAUUUCUAGAUGCAACCAGUACUCUUCUCUACCCCAUUAUACCCCUAACGGCAGCUGACUAUGAAGAGUUUGGGUACCCUGGGGACAAAGAUGACUUUCACGCCAUACGUGAAUACUCUCCAUACGACAACAUUCAAAAUGAUGCCGUUUAUCCUGCAGUACUCAUUACCUCAUCCUUCAAUACAAGAUUCGGGGUAUGGGAAGCAGCAAAAUGGGCUACGAGGGUUCGACAGCAGACUAUUUAUGAUCCAAAACGCCCUGUGCUGCUCCAUUUCUCAGCAGAUAUUGUAGAGGAGAACAGAUACAUGCAAUGCAAGGAGGCAGCUCUGGAAACUGCAUUUCUCUUGAAGAUGAUGGAUUCAUGAGCUUGGAUAAUGACAAGUAACCACUCUAGAUUACGUGGUGCCCUGCCGGCUAGCAUCAUAACAGGAUAGUGAAG